AUGUCGGCGAAAACGUACGAGAAUCAAGUCCAAGAGGAGGCGGAAGGUGUGAAGCUUCUCACCAAAGGACAGAAGGAGAAAUUGAAGAAGGAGAAAGAAAAGUUGAAGAAGAAGUCUCAAGCCGCUUCUCGCAAGGCAGGUCCUACUCCCCUAGCUCCCAGCCAGCACAGUGCCAAUGAUCUCGAAAACUCCGCGUCUGACAUCUCCUACCUCGAUACCGCGCCUCUCCUACCUACCGGCAAGGCGAAAAAGGUCCCGGCUCAUGUUCUGGCCAUGCAGACGGCAAUGCUGGAGAGGCAGCGGAAGCAGGCGGAGCUGGAGGCUGCGGAGGCGGAGCGGGUUCGGAAGAUUGAGGAGGAGGAGGCGAUGCUCGCAGCCGAGGAGGAGAAGAUCGCUGCGGCCAAGGCGGGAUGCCUUUUCGAUCUGGACCUCGACAAGUUUACGCUCAAGAUCGCACAUCAGCUCGCUGAAGUCACUGCUUUCCCCUGCGAUGUCCCCUCGUCCCAAAUCAUUCUUUCACACCUCAAUCAACCCUUCUACCCUACCCUCCAGCACUCAGCACCCGAGCUCGUCGGCGUUGGCGAAACCAAACCCGCUCCGAACCCGAUGGGAUUCUCGGCCGCCUUUGAGGCGUGCAAAGAGAAGGAUGUGCCGGAUUUGAGUCUGCCCAGUGCGGCUUCGAAGAAGGCUCGGCAGAAGAGGGAGAAGGCGGCUGCGGAGGCGAGAAAGCAGGCGAUGCUGGAUGCGGGGAUGAGUGUUGCGGGACUGCAGGCGGGUGGUGCGGCGCCCAAGCGGCCAUUCACGAAGAAGAAGCUUGUCGGGAAGGGCAAGCCCCCUGUCGCCGAGAACGUCAACGCGCAGGAGAUGGAGCAGGACGCGCCGGAAUGCGGAUCCCUAGGGAAACGUUCGGUCUCAACUUCGUCGUCCCAGGGCUCGACUGUCGGUUCCACGGUCAAUGGUGCCCCCGCGUCGGUCAAGUCAACCACGGAGGUUGUCAGCUGGGAAGACUCGGACGACGACGCCGCAAUUGCAGUCGAGGACGGGGGAGAGCAAGCGGACGAGACGGCGGAAGGCAACAUGCCCAAUGGGGAUGUCUCGGACGACUGGGACGAGGCUUUCGAGAACUAA